GGACGUUCUGGCGCAACCUCGCGAUGUCAGUGCGCGUGGCCUUUUGGUGCGCGCUGUUCGGGUUCCCCAUCUAUUCCCAGGCGAACUACGAGCUAUUCUACGGGUCGCAGCUAUGCUCGCCGUCGCAACUGGGGCGCUGGGUGGUGGGUCCGAACGGCACGGGCAUCGUCCCGCAUGAAGGCUCCGCGUCCACGCCGUGGCGCCCGGAGAAGGAUGUUUGGUGCGGUUAUUUACCAGGGAUGUAUGCUUCGUAUUGGCCAAACGUUAUCCAGAUGAUCAUUUAUACCGUGUAUCCGACCUCCGGAAAUACUAUCAUGUUCGCUUGGCAGGGUGUUGGUGGCACAUGGCUUGCCGUUGUGAACAUCUACAUUCUCAUGGGUGUGUGGCCGCGAGGAGCUAUGGAUGCAGGUUAUAUUCCGUGGGUUGCUUGGCUGGACUGCUUGGGCCUGACAUUCCUUUUCCUCAUCUCCAAGAUGAGCACGAAUGCCAUCAAGUUCGGAUUGUCGUGGCACCUCUUCUUCAUGAUGGGCUACAUGAACCCAAACACGGGGCCGCACAUCGGCGAGCUGCACACUGGUAUUCCAGGCGUGCAGUGGGAUUCUGAGCCCACCGCCGUGCUCUUCACCACCUACACCGGGUCGCUCCUGGCAGUGCUGGCCACUUUGUUCCCCUGGCCCAUGCUCAAUAUCACUAGGGUUGAUGAAGAUACAAAGACGGUGGUCAGUUCUCUGGACAACAUUUGGGAAGACGCAAUCUCGUACUUCUGCGGCGGGAGGCAUGCUGCAAAGCGCUUGCAGAUUGCAUCGAAGAUCGCAAAUCUGACGAACAACAUCAGUACAGUCAGUGGAGAUUUGGAGGCGUCCUGGUGGGAGACGCUAGACCUUUGUGGGUUCAAGCACAAACGUGCGUUGUACGCAGAGCUUGACGCCGAGCUCGACCAGCUACAUCAAGUGCUCUACGCAAUGAAGGCCUGCAUUCUCGAGGCUGGGUUCGGAAAAACUCACGAGGCCUUCAUGGACAAGAGCAUGCGCAGGGCUGCUGAGAACCUCAAGCUUGCAACGAUGCGUCUCCUGUACCAUUGCGCCGAAUCCUGUAGGGACGGAAAGGUGGACGAGAACGAGCUCAAACAGAUAGUCCAGUGUGUGGGGGAGAUCAAGCACUGCCAGAUGCUGAUGCUGCUUGAGUACGAUCACAAGCUGUCUGCAGCAUAUGGGCAAGAGCUGAACUCCUCCAACCCCUUGUCUGACGAACCCUUCUGUAACUGCACCAUCUUCGUCUACUCCCUUUCGGUCUUCGCCUGGCGGGUGAGCGCCUUCGCGGAGGGUCACCUGGAAAAGGAUGGCUCCCGCAAGCGCGGCAGCGUAGUCAGAAACAUGUUUGGGUGGUUGCACGAGUCUUCGGGUGAAGCCGAUGCGGAGCACAGGAAUUUCGCGAUCAGAAACACGAUGUCAGUCACACUCUGCUUCGUAAUGGGAUUCUAUCUACGUGGCUCAGUGUUCCAGACUGGCUACAACGCCACCAUGGCAACCACACUGGCGCUACUGAUAAGCCGCUAUGCUGGUACGACUUUCGAAAGGAACACCAAGCGACUAAUUGGCGUGGCACUCGGCAAGGUGCUCCCCAUCUUGAUUAUGGGAUUGGUCAACCGGCUCGAGUGUAAUUCAACAUUGCAGAUAUUGGCGCACGUGCUGGCAAUUUGUCUUUAUCGCACGGUGGCGGAUCUUAUUACGUUCGAGUAUAUGUAUUUCACAUCAUAUCAAUGGGACUAUGUAGGCUUGUGCGCUGCGGCGUUCGGUUGCACAUUCUUCUUCACUACUUGUAUUCAGGGUGGCGACGCCGACGGCCAGAUCAAAUCAAACUAUGUGGAGAUUGGCCAGGUGAUUCUUGCCAUCGGGGUGCAGAUUACAAUUGACACUCUCAUGAAAUCCAAAGACACUCGCCAGAUCGCAACCGUUUACACUCAUGACCUCGGCCAGGCUCUCCAACGCGGUUUCCGAGAGUACUUCUCCGGGUGCGACCUCAGCCUAUCAAAGUAUUAUUCGAGACGCUUCGCGCUUACCGCCGCUCGCCCGCCCGUAUG